CACGCGGUUGCCGCGAGAGGGAUGGGCGGUGGACUCCGGGAGCCGAUUGGUUUUGCGUGGCGGCUCCGCCCAUUUCCCCUCCGCUUUACGAGCCUUAGCCGCUUCAAUGGUGCAGCUUUCACAGUCCCCGCUCCGUCGGCCUUCAUCUUCUUGCCAUUCUGAGGAAGGGGAGGAGAAGAGCAUGAAGCCAGCCAAGCAACAGGUCACCCAGGGCUCCCCAGGCGAUAACCAGCCUCCUUUGAGCCCUCUGCAGGCAACUUUGCAUUCUGCUGCUACAGCAGCCCAGGCGUACGAGACCUACAUUGACAAUGGACUUAUCUGCCUAAAACACAAGAUAAGGAACAUUGAAAAAAAGAAGAUCAAGCUAGAAGACUACAAAGAUCGCCUGAAACGGGGGGAGUCCCUCAAUCAGGAUCAGUUGGAAGCAGUUGAAAAAUACGAUGAAGUGAUUCAUAACUUAGAGUUUGCUAAAGAACUUCAGAAGACAUUUUCUGGGCUUAGUCAGGAUCUGCUGAAAGCACAGCGGAAGGCUCAGAGAAGGGAGAAUAUAAUGAAGCUGGAAGCGGAAAAGAAGAAGCUUCGUGCGGUCCUGCAGGUUCAGUAUGUGCUGCAGAAUUUCACCCAAGAAAAUGUGCAGAAAGACUUCAAAGCUGGCUUAAACGGCGCAACAUACUUGCCUCCUAAAGACCUAGACUACCUCAUUAAGUUUGCAAAACUGACGUGUCCAGGGCGAAGUGAGACCCUUAGUGUUGAAGACCAAAUGGAACAAUCUUCACUCUACUUCUGGGACCUGCUAGAAGGCAGUGAAAAAACAGUGGUUGGGACAACUUAUAAGCACCUGAAGCACCUGCUGUCUAAGCUGCUAGAUUCUGGUUACUUUGAAAACAUCCCCGCUCCUUGUAAUGCACCCGAAAAAGAAGAACUGAAAGAAGAAAUACCUGGAAGACCUGAAAGAACAAGACAGUUAUCCAAAGCAGAGUUUGUCAAAGAACUAGAACCUCAGAUGGAUUGUGCUCAGUCUGAGAUACAGUCUCAAGAGUUUCUCAAUAGGCGCUACUUGUGUGAAUCUGACUAUUCUGCCAAGAAGUCUGAAGAACUGAAAGUUUGGGAAAUGGAACAAAGUAAAAAGACAGAUCUUCCCAGGUCUUGGGAAACGCUUGUCGAUAUGGAGGAGCAGGAGCAGAAGAAGCAAAAACAAGAAUCUCUAAAGCCUUUGGAAUCAGCAAGGCAGCAAGGGAAGAAGCAAGAGGUUUCAAGACCUUGGGAAGUUAAAGAAGAAGAUCACAGGCGGGAAGUUUCCGUCCCUUGGGUAGCACGGGUCAAGGAUCAGCAAGAUCCUCCCAAACUUUGGACGACCAAAGCUAAAGAGGAGUUGGAGCAGAAGCAGGAGUUGACCAAAACGUGGGUUAGUCAGACAAGGGAGGAAACUGUCCCGAAGGUGGAGCCUGUGAAGCCUUGGGCUGUUAGAGAAGAGGUGGUGCAGAAGAAACAGAGCCCUGGAAAGCCCUGGGUAGCCCACAUAGGGGAGGAGAUGGAAUCGAAAACACAGUCCCCAAAGACUUGGGUCACCCCUGAGGAGCCCCAGCAAAUUCAGCUUUUAUCGAAUCAUCCCAAGGCCUGGGGAGCCACGAAUCUUUUGCCAAAGGAGCCAUCUGGGCCAAAAAAGUCUGAUUUGGAACCCAAAGAAGAUGGAAAAACAGAUGGAGUAAGUGGAGAAGGUGAUGCUGUAAGGAAAAGAGAGAGCCUUCAGUCAGUUGGGGAAUCCUGUAAACUACCUAGGAGCAUUCCAAGCAUCGUGCAGGUGCCAAAGCCUCUACAUCAACCAGCUGCCGAGUUCUGUUCUACUUCGAGUCUUCCAAAGGAUCCAGUUCUAAGAAGGGAAAAACUACAGGAUCUAAUCAGUCAAAUACAAGGGACCUACAACUUCAUGCAAGAGUCUCUCCUGGAUUUUGAUAAACCCUCACAAAGUGCCGUUGGUUCAUCACAAUCUCCUCCAAUUGAUUCUACAGGCAAUCCUAGUGCUUGUAAGGAUCAAAAACUUCCCAGUCAAAAUGACUUCCCUGAGCAAUCAGUGCAGGCUGCUGCUUCUCCUGUGACAUUACGUGACUCCAACACUUCCUUAGCAUCUGACCGCACCACAUCUGGGUCUGGAUCUGAAACUGAACAUGGAACCCCAGAGAGACCGCAAGCACCUAUUCCUCUUUCAAGUGACUCGCAGAGACCAUUGACACAGUCAGCUGCUACCAUGUCACCAAUGCCCCAAGCAAACGCUUUCCCAUCUCCUCCAUCAAGCAGCAGUACUGUUACCGUGAAAGCAGCUCCCUUUCAAGCUAUGCAGACAGUCUUCAAAGUGAAUGCGCCUUUACCACCUCGUAGGGAGCAGGAUAUGAAAGAGAACUCCCCGCAUUCUGCAGGAUAUAAUCAGAACUUCUCUACAGCGAGUACACAGACUCCACUCCAGUGUAAAUUACAGUCUACUCAAAAUGCUGGACAAACCACUUUUUCUCAAGAGUCUGGGCCAAAUGCAGCUAAUUACCUUUCUGAGGGAACAGUUCCUGCAAGCAACGGUAGCCUCACCUUUCAUACAGCACAGACGACACCUUUCCCUAGACCACCUCCAGCAUUUGUCUCAACCCGUGGGUCAGCCAGAGGCCCCAUCAGAGGUACAAGAUCAGUCACCAACACCUACCGCUCUCCUGGUGGCUAUAAAGCAAGUUUUGAAGCCUACAGGGGAUCCCCUUCAGUGUCUAAUGGCAGCUAUGGCCAGUUGCAGCUUCCUGGCAGAGAUUAUUCUGGUGUGCAAUAUCCUCAGAGGGAAAUGAAUUACCAACAGAAUUAUAAGCGAGGAGGCAUUAACAGUGGGCGAGCAAACUCCAGAGGUUACAGGCGCGAAACCAGACAGGAAGAGAAUUGUUCAACAGGUAGAGCUCCAGGUAGAACUCGUGAUAGAGAAUACUUCAGAAGAAGGGAAAUGAGGAAAGCUGAGAGAAAUGGCAAAGAAUCAGAGUCCGAAAACAAUCUUGUAGCUGCCAAGAUGCAUCUGUUCAGUUAGUGCUUAUAGUGCAGUUAAUAUUGGUAACUUGGUUUUCUACACUAAAUAAACAGACAUAUUUUUAAGAUGUGUGUUGUCUUAGUGGUAAGAAUAUUGCCUAUGUCUUAAUUUCUUAUAUUAGAAAACAAUGGAGGACAGUGACUUGUUUCUAAUCUAAUUUUUAGAGUGGUCUGUCUUUGCCAAGGUGAGCUAGGGGCUCACAGACACAUUCCUGGGAGUUAUGGGUUUGUUAAUGGUACUUAAAGAGGUAGAACAAGCCAUUGUCAGUCCUCCUUAAAUAUUGACCUGCAGUAUUCCUGGCUGAUUUUUGGAACCAGUGUCUCUCAAGGGGCCUGCCAAUCCACAGUAAAGAAGUACUGUGUGUGGUGUUAAUCUUCACCACAUAAAAACAGCCAGUGCAAAUGCAUCUGAAACUCUGCUGUUCUUCCAGUUUAAAGAAAUGCACAAUGAAUAUGUAAGAGAUAAGAGCAAGGACUUCUAGAAAAAUAUCUGGAAACUCAAAAGGUUGGAAAAGCAAGAUUCCUAAAAAUGUGCUAUGGUCUCUUCUCCCUUUUCCUUUUUAAAGGUAUUUGUCUAAAUUAACUAUUGCUCAUGAUCUUUGACAGCAGGAUGGAGCGAUUCUUCUCAGGUGAGCAGCCCAGAACGUGACAAUGAGACCUUUAACAGUGGGGACUCUGGGCAGGGUGACUC